AGGUGAUAGCUCGACUAGAGCGGAAAGCAGGCAGACAUAGCCGGGCACAGAACUCACAUCGCACACGGGAGCAUUCCAACCAGAGAACCAAACGCGCAAUAACGCAAAGAUUCACAUUUUUUUUGUUUGUUUAUUAUUUGAUUUGCUGGUACAGUGGUUUCCAAUAUACUGAAUUUUGGCACAGCUUUUUUUGGACAGCAGUUUAAAGACGGGAGUAAAAGACCGUACCAAGCAAGACAAGUGUACCUUGAAAAAACCGAGACUUCGCUUUAGAAGCUCUUCUUUCAGGCUACACCCCACCCCCGGUGCUGAGUGGAAUGAGUGUAUGUGGCAGAAAAGCUCUGACCUUGCUGAGCAGCGUAUUCGCUGUGUGCAGCCUGGGGCUCCUGGGCAUCGCGGUCAGCACAGACUACUGGCUCUACCUGGAGGAGGGCAUCAUCCUGCCACAGAACCAGAGCAUCGAGAUCAAGAUGUCCCUGCACUCCGGACUCUGGAGGGUCUGCUUCCUCACAGGUGAGGAAAGAGCCCGCUGUUUCACAAUAGAAUACGUCAUGCCGAUGAAUAUACAGAUGACAUCUGAAUCUACAGUCAGUGUGCUAAAAAUGAUCCGCUCUGCUACCCCCUUCCCUCUGGUCAGCCUCUUCUUCAUGUUCAUCGGGUUCAUUCUGAACAGCAUCGGGCACAUCCGUCCUCACAGGACCAUCCUGGCCUUCGUGUCUGGAAUCUUCUUCAUCCUCUCAGGUCUGUCCUUAGUUGUUGGGCUGGUGUUGUAUAUAUCCAGCAUCAAUGAUGAGGUGUUGAACAGGACAAAGGACAACGAAGCCUACUUCAGCUAUAAGUACGGCUGGUCUUUCGCCUUCGCUGCCAUAUCCUUCUUGUUGACUGAGAGCGCGGGGGUGAUGUCUGUGUACCUGUUCAUGAAGCGAUACACCGCAGAGGAGAUCUGCAGACCUCAGCCAGGCUUCUACCGGCCACGGCUCAGCAACUGCUCCGAUUACUCUGGUCAGUUCCUGCACCCGGACUCCUGGGUACGAGGCCGCAGCCCCUCGGACAUCUCCAGCGACGCUUCACUCCAGAUGAACUCCUCCAACUACCCUGCCCUGCUCAAGUGUCCCGAGUACAACCACAUGUCAUCCUCCCCUUGCUGAGGCGCAGGAGCAAUGGCACCUGCAUCCAGUAUUCAGAGAGUCUCAGCUCAAUACGUUUUACAAGCGACACAGCAAAAAGGUGCAGCCUCGGAGCGGAAGCCUUUUUGCUUAUCCAAUAUACACAUCUUUUUCC